AUGGAGGCAGCGUACGGCGUACCGGCGUAUGGCGUACAGGAACUAGACCAAUCACAGGCUUUACGCCCGUUUCGUUACGCCAGCACGGAUGUUACGCUGACUUUUGUAGCGUUCCAACGUUACGUUACACAUAACAUAAAAUGUGGUUAUUGCGGCUCAAUACUAACCGUCGACACACAAGAACAAAUUUUGUGUCACAAUUGUUUUCAAAAGUAUGAUGAAGAGAGACAUGCUAUAUCUAUAAACGAAGACUUUGUUGCAAUUAUUGUUGAAGCCAGCAAUGAAAUAGUAUCAGAGGACACUAGCAAUGAACAGUACUCAACAGAUCACCGUGAUGAGAUGCUAAUUAACAUUGUACAAACAAAACCAGCAUUAUGGAAUUUCCAAAUUCCACUUAGGGAACGGACAAAGGCGAAAAAGAAAGCGCUGUGGAAGGAGGUUGAAAAUAUGUUAGGAGGGCUCUUGACUAUGGAUGAUGCAAUGAAAAGGUGGAAAUAUCUAAGAGACUGUUAUGUGCGUUACAAACGGCAAAUAAACACGUAUGUUCCAAGUGGAUCUGUUAAAUAA